AUGAAACUGCCAUUGUUCAAAUGUGGAAUUGAUCCACUGAAGGCGGAGGCAUGGGUGCUUGGUAUAGAAAAUUUGUUUGAAGUCUUCCCAUGUACGGAGGCACAGAAAGGCUUGCUUGCUACUUUUACACUUGAGGAUAAACCACACCAUUGGUGGAUGCUUAUUCGAGAUGAACAUCAAGGAAUGAAUUGGGGUAAAUUUUUGGAGAUCUUUUAUGAGAAGUACUUCCCACAGUGUAUCCAAGACAGGAAGGUAUUAGAGUUUGAAAACAUGAAGCAAGGAAACAAAACCGUAGCGGAGUAUGAGGCACAGUUUACUGAGCUACUCUGUUUUGCACUGCAUAUGGUCGAUAUGGACUACAAAAAGGAAAGGAAAUUUGAGGGAGGACUCCUAGACUCCAUUCUUGAGAAGAUUAAUAUGUUGAAGGGGAAUAAGCCAACUGCUAGUUCAACUGAUUCCACUCUUGCAACAAAGACCCCAGCAAAGCCUACUACUACUAGAGACAAUGUUAGGCAAGGAAGAGUUUUUCCUCUUCUUUCGAGUGAUGUUCAGAAUUCGGAUGUUGUGGUUUCAGGUACUCAACCAAUUUCCAAAGCUCCUUAUAGGAUGUCCACAACAGAAAUUAAGGAAUUGAAAUUGAAAGUCAAAGAAGAGGAUACUGAGAAGACUGCCUUCCGAACCAGGUACAACCAUUAUGAAUUUCUAGUCAUGCCAUUUGGGGUUAUCAAUGCACUAGAUGCUUUUAUGGAUUUAAUGAAUCAGAUUUUCAAACUGUAUUUGGAUGAGUUUGCAGUAGUAUUCAUUGAUGAUAGUCUUAUUUAUUCGAAGAGUAGGGAGGAACAUGAAAAACACUUGAGAUUAGUUUUUCAAACACUUAGGGACAAGAAGUUAUAUGAUAAAUUGAAGAAAUGUGAAUUUUGGUUGAAUGAAGUUGUGUUUUGGGGGCAUGUGAUUAACAAGGAUAGUGUGUCUGUUGACCUGCAAAAAAUAGAGACUAUUGUGAAUUGGCCUACCCUUACCAAUGUUAUAGAAGUGCGUAAUUUUAUGGGUUUAGCAGGUUACUAUCAAAGAUUUGUUAAAGAUUUCUCCAAGAAUGCGAAUGGAAAAGUCAUUGCGUAUGCAUCUCAACAAUUGAAGCCGCAUAAAAAGAAUUAUCCUACGUAUGACUUGGAAUUAGCUGCAGUGGUGUUUACAUUGAAAAUAUGGUGGCAUUAUCUUUAUGGAGCAGAGUGUGAAGUAUACACCAACCAUAAGAGCCUCAAGUAUCUCUUCACUCAAAAGAAGCUUAAUAUACGACAAAGAUGGUGGUUAGAACUUAUCAAGGAUUAUGACUUGCAGAUUCAUUAUCAUCCUGGCAAAGCCAACACGAUAGAGGAUGCUCUUAGUAGGAAGUCAGUGGAAAGUCUAGCAUGUUUGCUCAUGGAGCGGAAUGAGUUAUUAUGUGACUUGGAAAUAAUGAAAGUGGAAAUUGUGUUACAUGAACAUGGUCGAAUGUUAGCUGCAAUAACAGCACAACCGGCUAUUAUUGAAGAAAUUAAACAAAGGCAAUUAGAGGAUGAAUUUCUCAAAAAAGUAUGUGAUGAAAUGGGAACAAAGCCAAGACUGGGAUUCUCUUUGGAAGCUCAAGUGUUGAAGUUCAAGGGAAGAUUGUGUGUUCCAAAUGUCCCCGAAAUUAAAGGAGGAGUGUUGGAAGAAGCUCACAAGUCCAGAUUUUCUAUGCAUCCCGGAAAUACCAAAAUGUAUCAAGAUCUCAAGCAUGCUUUUUGGUAG